AUGAGCGAAAUGCAAACGAUUGUCGGUCCCUCGCUGCUGCACCGUCCGGAGCCUAUCGACGCGAGUGGCGAAUUGAGGACACCACACGGCAAUGUCCAUACCAACGGAGGCAAAUCAGUACCCGACGUCGAAGCUCGCAGCGAAAAGUCGGAGCCGUUGUUAUCAUGGCAGAUGAGGAGCGGUAUUGAACGGAGCAAUCAGAUCAGGCUUGUAAAGCUGGCUCAUAUGCGGUAUCAGCACCCGGACAUUGCGAAGAUUACAGAAUUCCUCAAAGACUUUGGGAUGCAGGUAGCGCAGCAAAGUGAAGAUGGCGCCAAAGUCUGGUUUUGCGGUUACGGAUCGGACCAAUACGUCUAUUUCGCCCAGAAGGGCCCAGAGAAAAGAUUCCAAGGCGGUACCUUCGAGGUAGAGUCUAUGGCUGAUCUGGAGAAAGCUACACAGCUUCCCAGAGCAUCAGGAAUUGAGGAAAUGGUGGACGCACCAGGCAGGGGCUAUAUCGUUACUAUACAGGACCCGGAAGGCUUCCCAAUCAACCUCAUGUAUGGCCAAACGCUGCGACGCAAGGGUGAUCCCCCCCCUAAAAUCAUUCUCAACGAUGAGACAGACAAGCCUAGGGUUCGCAAAUUCAACCGCUUUACGCCUGGCCCAGCAGCUGUCCACAAGCUAGGCCAUUAUGGGCUGUGCGUGCAGAAUUUUGAGGAGCAAUUGAAGUGGUAUACACGAAAUUUUAAUCUCGCGCCGACAGACUUCCUCUUCGUGACCUCGCCGAAGCCAAAGAUAGACCAACAGGAUGGAGCCCAAAGUUUGACAAAAGACGUCGCAGUGUUCGCGCACAUCGAUCGAGGUGCAGAACCUGUUGACCACCACACGUUCUUUAUGUCUGCCAAUCCAACCAGCCACGUACAUCACUGCUCGUUCGAGGUCCACGACUACGACACGCAGCACUUGGGCCACCAAUGGCUAGCGAGGCAAGGCCACAAUAACGUUUGGGGUAUAGGCCGCCAUAUCCUAGGCUCGCAAAUCUUUGACUACUGGUGGGAUACUAGCGGUAACAUGAUUGAGCAUUACACCGAUGGCGAUCUUGUGACUAUAGAGACGCCGGUGACUUGGGGAUCGGCAGGUGACGAGUCGCUUGCUGUUUGGGGGCCGAAGGUGCCGGAAUCCUUCUUGCAAUAG